AUGUUCCUAGGAACAGUUCUUCUCCAGUGUCAUACACGGCGUCCAGUGGAUGGCGUCGUUUCGUCUCGAAUAAUUCCUUCCGGGCAAGCUAUUGUCUUCAUCUCGAAUGGACCUUGCGUUCAUCUCGGAUCUCGUGCCUGUCUAGUCAUCUACGAAACGCUGCUACACGCUCUCGAACAUGGCCUCAUGUCACAAUUCAUCUCUUUCUCAUAUCGGUACUACAUCCUGGUCAUUCACAUCCGUCAUAGCGAUGAUCCAGAACUGUUGAAGGAGAUGGUAAUGAAACAUCAUCCCACUUAUAAUCUUACUGGAUACACAGUUUCUGGUCAUUAUCCUUUCACCGAGCCAACAACGCUUCUCACUGUUCUCUACCUCUUUAUUCCGAACAUACCUCUGUACAUACUUAUUGGCGUGCUCCGCCACAAGACGUUACGUAUUCUCAAGGACGCCUCGAUAAAAUUUAAGAGGUCAAAUAGGAAAAUGCAUAUUCAACUGAUGAAGGUGAUCACGCUUCAAUCCUACACACCAUUGUUGCUGAUAGCAAUGAUGCUGAUGUAUUUUGUCGGGCAGUUUCAAUUGCUCAGCCAUCCUGUGAUCGAGUAUCUCACUCAAACGGUCACUGCUUUCCUUCCACUCUGUAAUCCGGUGAUCUCUCUCACCUAUAUCACUCCAUAUCGGAAAGCUUUUUCUACAUGGUUCCGACCAGUUGCACGGCAAGCUCCACUCAUAACACGUUUACCCUCUAGGACCCCCACAUUCAAUGACGACAGUUCAUCGCAGUCAUUGAAAACUAUUGUAUAA